AUGCCAAAAAUAUUAACUCUGGCCGAAUUGGAUGCAAUUCGAGCAUCAAAUCAAGAAGGAAAAUCCAGGUUCAAGGAAGGUACUCAUGUGUGUGUUGAAUGUUCAAAAUCACACGGUGGCGGUACAUUUUUAAGGGCAAAUAUGUGCGAAUUGGAUGUUAACAAAGCUUCCGGUUUUCCACUUAAGGUUAUUGUUCGCGUAAAGCGCCGCUCCUCAGAAAGAACUUGUUCUUCCUACGCCAUAGAUCACAAAGCUAUAUACACCUUUUGGAUUUCUUAUAAUAGUAUUAUAUCAGACAAUGGUUUCGACAUUAUAUCAAAAAUUAUCUUUUUGAUGAACGUUCCUUUCUCUUUAGAUCACAAAAUAAAGUGGAGAAAUGUUGAGCCCAAUGUCACGUUGAAAAAUAAAGACGCGUUGAUUUAUAAAGUAGCAGAGUUCGCUAGGAGCAUGAAGGAUUCUAAUGAAGACGGGUUCAUGAUUUUGGAUAUUACAGAAGAAACUUAUCUAUCUCAAAAGGAAUUUUGGAAGAUGUAUGAUAAUAUUAAGAGACAUGAAGAGUAUAAUUUUGAGUCAUGGGAAAGGGCUCAAAGAGAGCUGGAGUCUAGGAUUGCGAAGUUUGAAGCUCUACAGAAAGAAGUAGGAAUCAAGAAGAUGAGAUUUGAAGCAAGCGCAUUUGAAGAUCACAAGCUUAAGUGGAAAGAUGGCGAGACUAAUGCCCCAUUGGAAAAUAAGGACACGUUGAUUUCUAAAGUAGCCGAGUUCGCUAGGAGCAUGAAGGAUCCUGCAUCUUUGAUUUCUAACGAAGACCGGUACAUGAUUUUGGAUAUUGAAAGAAUUACUCGUCUACCUGAAACAGAAUUUAUGGAGAUUUACAACAAUAUGGACAAAAAGUAUAAUUAUGAAUCAUGGGAAAAGAGUCAAAAAGAGCUGGAAUCAAGGAUUAAGAAAUACGAAGUUUUACAAAAAGAAGUAGGGAUCAAGAAGAUGAGAUUUGAAGGAAGCGCAUUUGAGAAUUCUAAUUCAUCAGACUUGUGUUCGAUUUGUUGGGAAGAAUUUUGGACAGGUUCGAUGGUUUGUUGCAUUAAUCAUUGUUCCCACGUAUACCAUGAAGUCUGCAUUUUGGGAUGGCUUUUAACAAAUUUAUUUUGUCCCUAUUGCCGAUCGGAACUGGGAGAGAAGUCUAGCGCGCCUUAA